GCUCUCAGCUCGGCACUUUCUUCAGUAGCUGCCAAGAGAGGAGGAGGAGGAGGAGGAAAAGUGAGGCUGGAAGAAACAGACUGAAACACAGAUAGAGAACAGAAAGAGAGAGAGAGAGAGACUUGGACCAACCUGUGACUGCUUGCCUCUGCCCGGCUGACUGUGUGUGUGUGUGUGUGUGUGUGUGUGUGUGUGUGUGUGUGUGUGUGUGUGUGUGUGUGUGUGUGUGUGCGCGAGACUGGAGGGAGACUACAAGUGAUGCCUCACACAGUCCCGAGCAGCACAUAGCCAGGACUUUGCUCAGCUUUCUUUGCCCCCCCUAUACCCCCCUCCUUCUGUUUCAAUGAUGAGAAGAGAUCGCAUCUUAUUAGCUGUGACCCUCACGGCCGUCUUCUCCGCCGACCUCUACUUCAUCCUCUUGCCAAAGAUGCGGAGCAAGGGCCUGACAUCGGGACACUCCUGCUCAUGUGGCCCCAACAAACUCACCCUCCCCCCCAGCCAGGGGGGUCUGGCCACGCCGCAGCUCUCCAACUGGACUUCUGCACCACUCCUGGACGGCACCACGUCUGAGCCUGCGUACGGAGGCUCAAAACUGGUGAGGCUUUUCUCUCACCCUCUAUACAACAUCCAGACUCCGGCUCUGGGGCCAGAAGAGAGACUGCUGCAGGUGGAACAGCUGAUUGACUACUAUAGGAGGAAAGUGUCGCACUGGGAAAGACAUAUGAAGCUCUACAGUCUGGCAGCGGCUCUGGCUAACAUCACUGUGACUAAUCAUGAGGUGACCUACGACCCUGAUACCAGCUGGCUGAAGUUCCACCUGGGAAUAAACCGCUAUGCUCUGUACUCCCGUGAUGACCCUACUGUCCUUCAACUUAUCAAGGACAUGCAGAGCAUGACAGUCAUCAGUGCAGAUUACACUCAAGAUGAGAAAGCCCUAAAAGGAGCGUGUGAUUGCACCCAAGUGGUGAAGCCCAGCGGACAUCACCUGAAACUGGCCCUGAAAAUGCGCAACCUAGCUAAAGCCAUGUUUAAACCAAUGAGGCAGCAGAGGGACGAGGAGACUCCAGAAGACGUCUUCUAUUUCGUUGACCUCCAGAGACACAAUGCAGAGAUUGCUGCUUUUCAUCUGGACAGGAUCCUAGACUUCCGGAGAGUUCCUCCAGUGGUUGGCAGGCUGGUGAACAUCACUAGUGAAGUCCUAAAAGUAACCCAGAAUGAAGACCUACGAGCUGUGUUCUUCACCUCCCCGGCAAACAACACUUGUUUCUUUGCCAAGUGCCUGUAUGUGUGCAAGACAGAAUAUGCAGCGUGCGGGAGCCCCGACCUGCUGGAGGGCUCCCUGUCCGCCUACCUGCCGGGACUCAGCAUUGCUCCCCGCAUCUCCAUCCCCAGCCCGUGGAUCCGUUCCUACACCUUCACCGGACGGGAGGAGUGGGAAGUGAAUCCUUUCUACUGCGACACAAUAAAGCAGCAGUACCCCUAUAACUCAGGAAACAGGCUCCUAAACAUCAUAGACAUGUCCAUCUUCGACUUUCUCAUAGGGAACAUGGACAGACACCACUAUGAGAUUUUUACCAAGUUUGGGGAUGAAGGCUUCCUUCUUCACUUGGACAAUGCCAGAGGGUUUGGGAAGCACGCUAAAGAUGAGAUGUCCAUCCUGUCUCCACUGUCCCAGUGCUGCAUGAUAAAGCAAUCCACACUACUAAGGCUGCAGCUCCUGGCCCAAUCAGAGUUCAGGCUCAGUGAUGUGAUGAGGGAGUCCCUGCAGGAAGACUCUUUAAGGCCCAUCCUGACAGAGCCCCACCUGUUGGCCCUGGACCGCAGGUUGCACAAGGUCCUCCGAGUGGUCCACCAGUGCGUCCGGAGGCUGGGCAAAGACGAAGUGAUCACUGAGGACUUUUUUAAAUCCACAGUGACUCCCGAGGCUGCCACAGACGGGACGAUGCAAAGGUAACAGAGGAUGCGCUCGGCUUCUGGCUGCUCGGGAAGAGACUCGUAUAAAUAAGACUCGAUAAAUUUUUAGGAAAAAGCCGUGAGUCUUCAUCACAGAAGGAAGGAAUCUCUGACACCUUCACAUUUUUAAAUAAAGACCCUGUUUUUUUUUUUUUUAAAUGAAAUAAAAUGAAGCUUUGUGAGUGGAAACUUACAGCAUCUGAUAUGUAGAGCCACCACUGGAUCAGCUUUUUUUUUUUAAUGAUUGUUGGUUUACACUGUGGAUGUGGAAAGAGAGCUCUGCGUGUCCGUGACAUAUAAUCAGAAAAUAAAGUCUUUAUGUGAUGAUUCUGCAAGUUCUGAGGAGAAGUUAUCACCUUAGAGCGGCAGACUGUGUGUGCGCGCGCUCAGCCAUAUGUUUGUGAGAAAAGUGCUACCUAUUAAACAGCCACUUAGUUUACUCCACCCUGUUUUCCAGACUUGUAAUCCUCCGUCUCAUCAGAGUGUUUAAACAGCUUCACAACGUCACCGUCAGCUCCGCCAGGCAAGGAUACAGAAACAGCAAACCCAAAACAAUUAGCAAAUAUGCAUUUCGUUGCACCACAGUAAUAACUCUCACCCAAGCGGACUUGUGUGAGGUUUUCGUCUGAACAUGUCAGAGCUUUGACCCGUUCAUUCCCUUUGUUCUCCUCCAACUAACCUGAUAGUCUGCGUUGCUCUGUGAUGUAGAGUAAGAUAAAUAACCACAACUAUUUUUAAGAGACUUUAGAGCCAAGUGGAGUCAGACUUGAGCUUGACAAAGCAGAAAGAGUGGCUGAUAAGGAUCCUUUACUUAAAACAGGCCCUCGAGCACAGGUAAAUCCCUUCAUACCGAAGCAUUUUUACAAUACGCCUUCUCUAAAAGCUUUCAGUGAAUGAAUGUCUAAAAUAAAAGAUUUACCAAAGGAAAGCACAGAGAGGAUUUGCAAAUAACCAGUAGCUAAAGUUUAGAGAAAUAUAAAUGUUGGGUCAUAGUGCCAAAUACAACAAUCUAACUUUAAAUGUGCUCAGUUGAAUAAUAUCUGCUAAAGACGGAGUUUUAAAAAGCUUGAGAAAAAAACAAAUUUAUUAUAAACUGGACAAAAUUCUCAAAUGAGGAAUGAAGAAUUGUAUCUGUUGUUUAAAUUGUUUAAUUUAGGCUUUUUCUUGUUGAGCAAAUCAAUGUUGUUUAUUUUUCUGUGCAAUACCUCCACCUAGUGUGCAAAUUUGAUAUUACAUCUUUUUGAAAAUACAGGGACAUGGCGGGCAGGUGCUUUUCUUAAACUUUACUAUUAGAUAUUUCGAGGUGUUGAACUGCUGGUUGGGUAUUUUAUGAAAUAAAGGACAUUCA